GCAUUAUCUUUUGUCCAGCAAUGUGCGCACACUUUCUCAAGAGUAAGCUUGGCUGCUACUGAAAAAGUAAGUAUCGCCUUCACAAAUCUGCCGAUUCCACCGAGUCGAACCGACAUCGCUCAAAACGCACUGUCACCAAUCAGUUCGUCUCUUGCAAAAAGAAAACCCGACGCGCAAUCUCUCGAAAGCGCGCAAACAUAUACAUACUCGCGCGCUCGAUAACGAAAAAAAUCGGCGCCCGUUCGUAAUCUCUAGCUGCUGCAGCGUCGGGGUCAAGGGUCGGACACUCGGUAUCGGUCUGUACCGAGUCCCGGAAUCGUGUCAGUCGCUCCUCGAGCUUUGCCGCAGGAACAAUCGGUUGCGUUUUGUUUUUUCUCCUCGCAUCGAAUCGGCAUAUCGCUGAGCGAGAUAGAUGUGUAGAUAGUUCGUUUAUUGGGCGUCUAUGUGAGAAAGAGAGAGUAGGAGAUGGCGGAGACGCAGGGAUGCCUGCUGGGACUGGCCUGUCUGGCUGAUCCGCUUCUCGCCCUGCUCCUCACAGUCGUCUGCUUGCCUACGUUGCUGCUCAGUUAUCCAGUUUGCCAGUGGACGAGAAAAUGCUGGGCCCGGUACAUCAAGUGGCGCUACCCGAACUGCAUCGUCGUCGAGGAGAGCAGCACGCGGAGUAUACUCGACCAGGGCAAAAAUCAGGGUAUCUACACUCUGCUGGUAGAGAGUCCCACGAUAGUGACGGAACACCUGAGAAACCACCUGGUGCACCUAGCCGCGACGAAGCCUUUGCUGCGCAUGGCUUUGACGACGAAAUGCUAUCGUUACGCCUGGGAAAACCUAGAGGAGUUCUCCGUCGACAAUCAUCUAAUCCUGUCCCCCAGUCUGUUCAAGGGACGCCCCAUCACGGACGCCAAUGUUCAGGACUACGUGAGCGACGUGACGUCGAAAUACCUAGCGGCAAGUUACUCGCCCUGGCAGGUUCACGUGAUCGGCCAGAACACUUCGUCGCGUCUCUACUUCCUGGUCAGGGUUCAUCACCUCCUGCUGAAUCAAGAGCAACUGGCUUUAGGUGACUUUCUACCUCUCGAAGGGACGAGACACCACGAUUGUCUGCCGGUUGACACAUCCCCGUUUUCCGAACCCUACGCCGAACCUUCGGCUCUACCUAGGUUGCACCAGAAGCUUACGGAGAGUUUCAGCAAUGUGUGGAACGAGUUCUUGUGCAACAACGAUCCGACGGAGAGGCCGGAGAUACUGAAGAAGAGGAUCAGUCUGUGGCAGUGCGCCAAGAUCGGAGUUAUCGUGUGGUUCGCCACUGUAAAGGAGAUUUCGAGGCAGUAUCAGCGCCGUGAAGGCCUUAGUCUGAGUGAGCCCUGGCCUAUCUACCUUCGCGAAGCCCACAAACGCAACUUCAGUUGGUCGUUAAUAUUUCAAGCACUGCUGAACCUGCUGAACCCAGCGGAGAUCGCUAGAACCACGAUCGCCUGGUUCUGGUACAUCGGCGUCACGCUCACCCUCAAAUCUCCGAUUCUCUUCUGGAGAGAGAUCCGAGCGGUCAGUCUUCUGCAUGAGCAUCACUACUACCCUGACAGCUUGGUCAGCAUCAUGUCGUUCUACCUCCCACUGAUCUUCAGAGCAAGCUUAGAGAUGUUCUCGAUCCUGACGAUCCUGGCAAGUGCACCGUUCGCCGUAAUCGAGGAGCUGUUCCGUCGUCGAAGCAGUGCCGAGUUCCGUCCAGUGUCGCAAACCGGUCGUAAAGUCGUAGCCUGGUCCGAAGAGAUCGACGUCGGCCUGCUGCAGAAGAUCGCCGCAGUUAGCGGUGCUGGUGACGCCGAGAUUCUACUCGCAGCGGCGGUUGACUCGUUGAAGGAGUACUUCAGAUGCUCGGGUCAGGUUAUACCUAACGAAGUUCUGGCUACGGCGAAGUUUACCAGCCAGAGGGCGCUGUAUGUCAGUGACUGUGAGGCUAGGGGCUUGCUAUGCCUGGCGCUGCCUACCACUACGCCGCAUUUCGAGGACGACAUGGUGGAGAUUCUGCAGGUUGUGCAAAAAAACAUCUUCGAAGCGAGGCGGAAACAACGCGCGAUCUACGCCAUCACCGCUGCGGAGACAUCCUCAGGAAUCGUGACCUCGUGUCUGCCAGCAAUUUUCCUCAAAAUCGUCCUGAACCACCUGACCAGACGCUACUCCAUACAGUUGACUCACGUGGACGGCGAACUGCCCGUUGACGGACUAAGGUCGGCUGUGUUCUGGAAACCACCUCAGGGCAAUUGCAGUCUUUCGAUGACCUUACACAGGCACGGCCGAGCGGUACGUCUAGGUGUGAUGGGCGACGCGAUGAUCGGACCCCAACACGCGGCGAUUACCCGAAGCUUUCCGGCUAGCUUGGAAAAGCUGGCACGUACCCUCGGAGUACCAUCGGAUACACCACAACAAAGCAGAAGUCCGAGCCCUGUUGUGUUACCGGACGGUAUGGUGGGAAACUCGGUGGAUACCGUCGAUGGAAUGCAGAACGGAUUCUGAUGAUAAAUGCGAUAUUUUCUCGUUGUUCAUAUUAUAAGAUUGAUGAUGAGUAUAUGGCGCGGUUUUUCGGAGUCCAUUAUUUAGUGAGAAAAUAAUUUAUGAGUAAGUAUAAUGAUAUGAUUAUUUUAAUUGAGGGAAGGAAAGCUCUAUGACGUUUUUUGAGUCAUCGAUGUAACGUGUAGGUUUAGGUAGAAUGAAUAUUAGAUUUUUAAGAUUAUCUAUUAGGAUAUACUUGUAUGUACGUGAUAUUCAUAUUGUUGCUGAUAUAUUUGUAUUUUUGAAAAUAAAAAAUUUAUACAAUUUUCAUGGA